CUGGACCGCUCCUCUGGACUCGGAGCCUUUCCUGACGGAUUUGUGUAGGAUGGAGACCACACAUGGCGGAUCUGCCGCAAACGGCGAAGAUCAGCGACACCCUGUCUGGUGCGAUGAGUCAUCUCAGUCGCGUCCUGCCUCUCCGCCCUUACGGCUUCCCCCUCCUCCCACCUUCGCCCUUCUCAUCAUGACACUCCUGCACGUUCUCUGCCUGUCUAUCGAGGCAUCCGCCGCUGCCUUCGUCCCACCAACACCUUCGCUCGUGGCCGGCAGGAGGGGACCACCACCAUUAUCGAGGAGCAGGAUCAGACGGCAGUCGAGCAGCCCGUUGUUCCCGUUGCCUGCGGACGGUCAUGUGACGGCACUGUCGGUGGCGCGUGAGAGUCGGCCUUUGGGGAGUCGCGAUCUGCGUCGGCUGCAGUGGCGCAGGAGGUGGCAGAACUUCUUUGCCUUGCCGCUCAACCUCAAGAUAAAGGAGGCAGCUGGGUUCGUGUGGUGGCAGUUGAACAAGAAAUGGGUCAAGGAAGCGGCCAGAAAACAACGUGAGCUACCAGAAGCAGAAGGAAGAAAGAGCACACCAUACCAUCAAUGUGUGUGUGUGUGUGCAGGUCAGGAUCGGAUAUUGAAGUUUUACAAGAAGAUGGGCGCGCCGCGGUCGACCGACUGGAACACCAUGAACGACCUGGUGGAGGAGAAGGCCAGCCAAAUCGCCAACCCCAAGGACCGCCUCAAGCUCAAGGACGAGUGGUGGAGAGUAUCCAACUACGAGAUCAGCGAAAUGAUGGCAGGUAGGCAACACAACAUCCCCAACCCACCCACGCACACACACAACACCUAUAAAGGUCCAUCCAUCCAUCCAUCCACUGAUCUGCUCAGCGUGGGAGUCUGGUGAGUUGGAGUUGCCCUCCGAGAAGGACCCCAAGUACUGGCGGGCGGAGGGCCGCAAACGGGGCUGGUCCGACGAAGUCAUAGAGGAAAAGGUCAACCAGGUCAUCGAAGACAACAAGCGACUAAAGUCAUGGUUCCGCGGCGGCCGGAUGCUGACGCGCUACAGCAAGUCCGUGGAGGGAGGCAUCAUCCAGUCGCCCAGCGCCAAGAGGGUGCGGACCUGCAGCAGUUACCUUCUGCCUCUGGUCGCCCUGGGCCUGUUCGUCCCGAAGCUGGCGGGGCCGUCCAUGGCCCUCUCUGCCAUACUCACUGCCGGACUCAUUUCGGGCAGAGGCGCACCACCGGUGUGAAUGUCACACCACACACCGCACAGCACAGAGAGACACGCCUGUGAGUGUUUUGGUGUGUGGCGCAUGCAGGUCAAGAGGGACUCCCGCGGGCGCAUCGGGGAGAUCCGGGGGCCCAACCCGACGACCAUCAUCCUGACGCUGUCUCUGAUGAUUUUUCACGCCCUGGUCGGCGCGUCGAUAGCCACACUCGUGGUGCGGUUCGCGACGCUGCCCGAGUUCCUGCUGCCGGACUGCCUCACGGCGGGAUUUGUCAACACAAUGCUCUACCUGGCGGCACUCUACUACAAGACAUAUGUGCCCAGAAAGUGAUCACUUUGUCAGAGAGCUGGCAGAGUCUGAUGGUGUCAGUCAGUCGGUGUGGUGGGCUUGGGGAGAAGGCAGGCAGAGAGACAGACAAACAGACAGUGGUUUAGAGGUUUUUUGAUGUUUUGGUUGUGAGCUGAUGGGCGGCCGACGAUCUACCUGCGCACGAAAGAGUCUGCCCUCGUGUGUGUGCGCGUGUGUGUGUGUGUGUGUGUGUGUGUGGGCGUGUGGGUGGUUGGGUGGACGGCCGGACAUUUGAAUGCAUCUAAGGAUCUGAUACGCC